GCGGCCAUGGCGGCCGUUCGGGUCCCGCUGCUGGGUCUGCGGCUGGGCCGAGCACCCCGCCCGCUCUGCAGCCGCUUCUUCGUUCGCUGUUCCCAGCUCGGCGAAGCCAAGAAGGCGAAGGCGGGGGCAGGUGAGGCGGGGGCAGGUGAGGCGGGGGCGGCCUCGCCGCUCAGCCCGGAGCAGCUGCAGCGGAUCCGGAAGAAUAAGGAGGCGGCCUUGCAGCGACUGGCCGAGCGGAAUGUGCCUCUGGGCUUCGGGGAGAGCUGGCGGCGGCAGCUGGCCGGGGAGUUCUCCAAGCCCUACUUCAUGGAGCUGAUGGCGUUUGUAGCAGAGGAAAGGAAACGCUACACGGUCUAUCCGCCCCCCGAGCAAGUCUUCACCUGGACGCAGAUGUGCGACAUCAGGGAGGUUAAGGUUGUCAUUUUGGGACAGGAUCCGUACCAUGGACCUAAUCAAGCUCAUGGGCUCUGUUUCAGUGUCCAGAAGCCUGUUCCACCUCCCCCCAGCUUAGAAAAUAUUUACAAAGAGUUAUCUACGGAUAUUGAGGACUUCACUCAUCCUGGUCAUGGUGAUCUGACUGGCUGGGCCAAGCAAGGUGUGCUGCUGCUCAACGCUGUCCUCACGGUGCGGGCUCACCAGGCCACUUCCCACAAGGAGAGGGGCUGGGAGCAGUUCACGGAUGCUGUGGUGUCCUGGCUCAACAAGAAUUUACACGGGGUUGUCUUCAUGCUGUGGGGAGCCUAUGCCCAGAAGAAAGGCAGCUCCAUUGACAGGAAGCGCCACCACGUCCUGCAGACGGUUCAUCCCUCCCCUCUCUCAGUCAACAGGGGUUUUUUUGGCUGUCGACAUUUCUCCAAGACAAACGAGUUGCUCAAGAAAUCUGGCAAGAAGCCCAUUGACUGGCGAGCGCUCUGAGCUGGGCUGAUGGUUUGGAAGCAGCCCUUGCUUCAAGGGGUUGUGUCAUUUCUGAAAAACAUCUGCUAACCUGAGAAUUACUCUUCAGUUGUUGCUCAAGGAAUAGCCAACCAAACUUUCAGAGAGGUUGUAUUUUUUUUAACUGUUGUUUUAAAGAGCAGAUUGGAGUGCUACAUGGGCAACUCCUCUGCUGUUUGAACAGGUCUCAGUCUAGUUUGAAGGAAAGAAAAAAAAAAAGGUCUAUAUUAAUUUGUGUUUGUUGUCAGGGGAAUAUAUUUUCAGGCUCUUGUGGAGGGAUGUUGAUUCUUACAGGUGAAGCUGCUCAGCUUUUGUAAAUACCCUGCUGCACCUCCUCCCCUUCCUUUGCCUCCUGCUGUACAAACCCAGGUUUCACCUUGCAGGUGUGGAGCUGACUCCACAGGAGAAAAGGCAGAUGCUUUUGGUUUUAGCUUUUUGCUACAGAUUGCAAGAUUUGUUAGAAAUACAGCCUCUUGGCACUGUAAAGACCAGAUACUGUGUUACUUUAGUGUGUCUGUACUCUCCAGGUUUCAUGGUUAAUCCCCCAGCAGCUGAGAGGAGACUGUGACCAAGGCUCAGGUCGUGCUCUGGGGGUUCUGUUGGCAUUUAGAGAGGAAAACUUCAAUGUUUAGAUUCUUGCUGGGUGUGUUAAUCACUUGGAUGACAGGUGAGCUGUGCUGACCAUAAACUUUGUGGUUCCUACUGGUGGCAGCAGCAAAGGUUUGUUCUUCAAGAUCUGUCAAUCGAUGGGUUGCAGAUUAAAGAUCAUUUAAGAUCUUAAAACACAGGAAUUAUUGUACUUUGCUUUCAUGGGAUCAAAUUGAGGUUUCUAACCCCUCUUGAAAGUAACUGUUGGGACUUCCAGGAUGGAGAAAAGUUUCAGUUUCUGGUCCAUCUUAGACAUUGUAAUUCCUUCAAUGGAAGCCAAGUGCCUUCUUUGUUGAAAAAUUGAAUCUGCUUUUGUGGGAUACCCCUGUAAACCUUUCGUUGUUAUUUGCUCUGAUGGGUAACACUAGUGCAGGUCAAGUUUAUACUUUCUGUGGCUGUGUCGUAUUUUUUUGUCUGUUUGUUUUUCCCUCAAUUUGUUUUCCGUGCCCAGUUUGUUUUGUUUUGUUUUUUUUUAAUAAAAACGAGUUUGUUUA